UCAACAGUGAGACCAACACCUGUCCCCGGCAUCCUCUUCUUGCUCCCUCUGAAGCUCUUUCCUGCUCUCUCCUCUCUUUCUCUCUCUACAGUCUAUUCCCUACUUUCUCUCUCUUCCCCUCCCCCUCUCUCUCUAAACUCUUUCCACCUUCUCUCUCCUCUCUCUCUCUCGUGUCUUUCAGCACCCAAUUUCCCUCUCCAUGCUCUCUCUAGGCCUUCCAUCUCUCUCUGUUUCUCUUUUCAAAUAAAACAUUCUUCCUUGGAAGUUUGAACCAUUAAACCUGCAAAUCAAGGAGUAUAAUAAGAGGGGGAAUGUGCGUGUAUGCGGUGGUGAGCAUCAGAGACAAUGAGCUUACAAAAUGUUGCGUUGGAGAAUGGGACUGAUCACAAUCAUGUGGUUUCCAUCUCUAUUUUUGUGGCUCUGUUGUGCUUAUGCAUUGUUGUGGGGCACUUGCUCGAGGAGAACCGUUGGGUUAAUGAGUCCAUCACUGCUCUACUAAUCGGAUGCUUCACUGGCUUUAUUAUAUUGCUAUGGAGCAAGGGAAAAAGUUCUCACAUCUUGAGAUUUGAUGAGGAAUUGUUUUUCAUCUACCUUCUUCCCCCCAUUAUCUUCAAUGCUGGAUUCCAGGUCAAGAAGAAGCAAUUCUUUAGGAACUUUUUUACUAUAAUGCUCCUUGGUGCAGUUGGUGUUUUCAUCUCAUUUGCCAUCAUUUCUGCUGGUUGUUGGUGGCUAUUUCCAAAGAUCGGAUUUGUUGGCCUUAGGGUGCGGGAUUAUUUUGCACUUGGAACAAUAUUUUCAUCAACUGAUACUGUCUGUACCCUACAGGUACUGAAUCAAGAUGAGACACCUCUUUUAUACAGUCUUGUAUUUGGUGAAGGAGUUGUAAACGAUGCUACAUCUGUAGUUCUUUUUAGAACAGUCCAAAAACUUGAUGUUUCAAGGCUUGAUCUUCGUGUGGCAUUAUAUACUUUCAAAGAUUUUCUCUACCUUUUUGCUACAAGCACGUCUCUUGGGAUUGUGAGUGGGCUUUUGACUGCAUAUGUUAUCAAGGCCUUGUACUUUGGUAGGCAUUCAACUGACCGUGAAAUCGCCCUCAUGAUUCUAAUGGCUUAUUUAUCCUACAUGCUGGCUGAGGAUGCGGUGUUGGGGCAUCCACCAUCUCUUGGGUUCAUCUUCACUGCCUGUUUUAAGAAUUUAUUACACCUAAGUGGGAUUCUCACUGUCUUCUUUUGUGGGAUUGUUAUGUCACAUUAUGCAUGGCAUAAUGUAACGGAGAACUCAAGGAUCACUACAAGGCAUGUUUUCGCAACAAUGUCCUUCAUCUCAGAAACAUUUAUAUUCCUUUAUGUGGGAAUGGAUGCCUUGGAUAUCGAGAAAUGGAGGAUGAAGAAAUCGAGUUUCAAGACAUCAAUUGAGAUCUGCUCUUCUGUACUUGGACUUAUCCUACUUGGGCGUGCUGCUUUUGUAUUUCCUCUGUGUGUUUUGGCCAAUUAUGUGACUGGGAAGGCUGAGAGUCCAAAGCUCACUUUUAAACGCCAGGUGGUGAUUUGGUGGGCUGGUUUGAUGAGAGGAGCGGUCUCCAUCGCUUUAGCCUUCAACCAGUUCACCUAUUCUGGGGUCACAUGGGAUCCUGUUCAUGCUACAAUGAUCACCACUACCAUUAUUGUGGUUCUCUUUAGUAUGAUGGUGUUUGGGUUCCUAACAAGACCACUGAUAGAUAUACUCCUUCCACACCAUAAAAAAUCAAACCAUCAAACAAGCCCACCAUCUCCAAAGGAAGAACUCAGCCUCCCUCUAAUUUCAGUCGAGGAUUCUGGUGGGCACCACGUUCUAAGGCGGAGAAGCAGUUUAUCGAUGCUGUUGGAGAGGCCUGCCCACACAAUCCAUUUCUAUUGGAGGAAGUUUGAUGAUGCCUACAUGCGUCCUAUUUUUGGUGGGCCGGGAUAAGCGCAAGGCAAAAGAAGAGAGAAGAAAACGCACAGGUAGUAUCAUAGUCGGUCGGAAUAUCUGCUCAUAUCACUGGUUCCUCUCUUUAGAAAGAUAUUUUCGACUUAGAGAGACAUUGUUGAUACGUGUGGUUUGAGUGUUUGAAGCCAAUAAUGAAGAUAAGGACAUGAGAACACUGUACAUGUUUGAUGGAUGCAUGCUGUUUUCCUUUUUUUGUUCUAUUUGUUUUGUUCUUUAUUUCUCCUCAUGUAUCAUCUUUCUUUCUGAAUGUAAUGGAAUUCCCUUUUUUCCCCUA